UCACUUUAUAUGAUGAAUUGACUUGUCAUUCCCGGCUAUAAGUUUCUGUUUGGAAAUUUUAUACUUGUCGUCGAAUUAAGUUAUAUUGGAUAGUGCUAUUUAAUUAAUAGAAAUGGAGACAAUUUUGGGUAUACGUGGGGAAGAUUUUGCCAUUGUGGCUGCUGAGACAACGCAGGCUCGAUCUAUAGUUGUAAUGAAAGAAGAUGAAAACAAAAUUCACAAGAUUUCCAAUAGUCUUGUAUUUGCCACGAUGGGAGAAUCGGGUGAUACCGUGCAGUUUACGGAAUUCAUAUCCAAAAAUAUCGCUCUCUACAAGAUGCGCAACAAUUAUGAAUUGUCUCCACAGGAGGCCGCCCAUUUUACUCGGAAAAAUCUUGCAGAUUAUCUCCGUAGCAGAACACCUUACCAAGUGAACAUGAUGAUUGCUGGCUACGAUGAACAAACGCAGAAAGCAGCAUUGUAUUUUCUCGACUACUUGGCUAAUUCUGUCGAAGUAAAGUAUAGUGGACAAGGUUACGGCGCUAUGUUUUGUCAAAGUAUUUUUGAUAGAGAAUACAAGAAAGGGUUAAGUAAAGAAGAAGCUUAUACAAUUCUUGAGCAUUGCGUUAAGGAAAUACAAAAGCGCCUGGUAAUAAAUCAAAAAAAUUUUAAAGUCGCCAUUGUUAACAAGGACGGAUUCAAUUGGAUGCCUGAUAUAAGCGCCAAAAAUAUUUGUAAUUAACGCUAAAUUAAAGAUGUUAUCAUAGAUACACAGUUCAAUAAAAAACCCUUGCACUGAA